AUGGCGCUGAAUACAGCUUCUAUUUCCAGCGCCCUGACAAGUACUUCGCUGCUGGUCGAAAACCGCGAUAUUUGCAGCGCCCUCUUUAACUCGUGGUCCUUCAGUCCGCUGAUAAAACACUGGGCGGCGAGUUCCUCCCUAAACCCUUCCGGUGCUUCUGGAUAUGCCAAGUGUAGCAGUCGACGAUUUUCUGAAGCCGGUCCUGUUCUUGCUUUUCUCUCUGACGUCGCUCCUCCAAACGAAUUUCCAAAUUACCCAACAUUUUCUCAAGCCGGUCCUACAAAAAUUUUAUUAAUAAAUCCAAACUGGGGAAUAGACAAUGACUUUUUUAAUCAAAGGCAAAAUGUUCAAAUCUUUGUCCGAUAUGUUAUUGAUGAACUAUUAGUAAAUCCUCAUCAUCCCAACAUGGUGACUUUGAAGAUACAGUUCUACUUUUCGUGCAACUUGGAUAAUAUGGAGUUUGUAGUCGAAUUGGAUAGAUACAAUCUACGAAAGAAAUUGUCAACACUUAAAGAUGAUAUUUGUUCCACGGGAAAGAUGGCCGAUAAGGAAGAAAUUGAUAAAUUGUAUAGAAAAAUUGUGUUCUACAUAAUUCUCCUUUCGGGACUUGGAAAUCCUAUGAAUAUAAAGGUAUAUGAAGAAGGUCUGGUGGCGUUAAAAAGCAUUUUAAAUGAAAACGAAUUAAAAGAAUUCGUAGCUUCUUCAAACUCGUUCAAGGUUGCUUCUUUGGAGAAUUAUGUUAAAAUCGUGUCUGGAAUUAGACUAUUUAAUAAACACUGCGAGAAGGGAGGAGAAGGAAUAGAAAAUCUACCCCGUCUUCUAAAACGGGCACUAUCGGUUAUAAAACAAAAGAGUGAAUUCACUUUGUUACAAGUAAUGGAAAAAGUAAAUAUACUGACCACCCUCGUAGAUCAAUGUUACGAGAUGAAAUCAACGAACGUUAAAGGUAUCCAGUUAGAAUUUGUACCACCCAAAGAAUGGCAGUCCACAUUUAAUAUAAUAUAUUUUAAAGACUUGUUGAUCUUCUUGAGACAGUAUGAACUUAUAAUAAGAAAAUUAAUUGAAGAAAUAGACCAGAUAGUUUCAAGAAUGGAAUCCAUAGUAAAAAGUAUGGAAAAAUUAUUAGAAAAGAUUCACGAUACGGUGUAUAUGAGACUUGCCAUACCAGUGGUAGUUGUGUUCCCGCUCUUUAAAGAACUAUCAGACAUAUGGACAAGAAUACAAGAUCAAGUCGUUUUACUAGCCCGUUUCGGUCAUAUAAUGACAAACCUGGAAAUGUACGCUAGUCAGGUUCAUGAUGAAGAUUCGCCUGAGAGUCUUUUUGAAGAAAGCGUGUCAUUAACAGAUGCAGAGAGGUUAAAAUUAACUGCUCAUCAAAGAAUUACAUCGAACAACCCCGAAGUAACUAUUUAUUCGGCAGAGAGUUUUAGAAAUAUGGACAUAUUAAAAUUAGAGUAUUUGGGAUUUUGUUGCUGGAAACUAAUUAAAACAAAAGGAGCUUUGAUACCGGGAAAUCCAAGUAUGGGCAUUGCUAGAUACAAAGGAAAGAAUUUUGUCUUUUCUACGAUAGAAGCAUCGGAGGAAUUUUGUAAAGAUCCUCAAUUGUACAUAAACUAUGUCUUGGAUUUAGCUAGAGAAAAACCUGAGUUGAUCGACUUUUUACAGCUCAAAGAAGAAUUGGAAAGGGUGUACUCAAUUGACCAUCUAGUUCAAAGUAAAACUAAUCUAAGAAUGUGCGAAGAUAAAGCUGUAGAGACCGAAGAGCAACUCGAGAAAUAUAUAGAUCCUUCAUAUAAAUGGAACAUUUGGGAUUAUAAAAGAGAAGUGCUUAGAUUGGCAAAUCUAUUAAGUUGUAAAACCGUAACAGCUCAAACUGAUAAAGUAAUAAGUAAACUAUCCGUGAGGAAUCAGACUUAUUUCAAAAUAGGAAGAGGUAUGAGUACGAUGAAAGAUGAACAUACCAAUGUACCUACGCCAUCCAAUUAUAUUUAUGGACUGAGAGGCAGAAAAGAUGACCAACAAUUUAUUGCUGACUUAACAUUACCUAUAGACAAUUCAUAAGUAUAUUUUUAUUAUGUAAACCACGAAUUAUAACUAUAGUUUCAAAAUUACACGCCAAAGGCUGAAAUUA